AUGUGUUUGGUAUCAUUGGUAUUGAAAAAAACCAAGUCAAAAUGGUGAUAUGCGUAGCGCCAUUACCAAGUUAAAGCCAUCGGAACUGUCAAUCGUCUCCUGUUUUUUUAUUUAUAAAUAAUUGGUGCGGGUGCGAUGUUUGUAAACAUAUUUUCCGAAAUUUAUCUGUAAAAUCGCAACAAUCCGCCGAAAGAAAACCGCAUGAACCAUGAAAUAUAUUUCGAUUGUUUGAUUCCAAACGAAAUUGUUAAUCAAUCAAUAGUCGAUCGAUAUUGACAUGAAAUGAAUGUUCACACCAGCAGUAUUAAUUCAAUUAAUUAGUGAGUUUGUGAUUGGCGUUAGUGGUACACUAAUUGAUGAAAAGAACGAUUGUUCGGAGAUAGUAUUCAGUUUGUAGUAGUGACUAUAAUUACUGUCCGAUUUAGCUAAAAGAAAAGAAAACAAAACAAGCAAAGAAGAUGAUGGACGAACGUUUAAUUGGUGAAGUGCAAAAGCACGCGAUAAUUUAUAACAGACAAAAAAGCAACAUGAUCAAUGGGGAUAAAAGUGCUUCCAAAGAAAUGGCAUGGGCUAAAAUAGCAAUGACCUUGGGAACAGAUGCUGAUUCUUGUAAGAAACGUUGGAAAUAUCUACGAGAGCGCUAUGUACAACAGAAAAAGGUCGGCGAUUCACCUAGUUACGAGCAUUUAUCUCGUCCGUAUCUGGAAAAAAUGAAAUUUCUCGAUCAUUUCAUCCAACCACGUAAAUCCUACAGAAAUGUUGUGCAUCUACUUGCAUCACCGUCAAAUUCCCAAAACAGUAUGAACGAAACCUCAGACAUGGAGCGGUCCCUACAAAUGUCGCUGCAAAAUUUCCACAACGAGUCGUCCGUGGACCAUUUGAGCCAUAUGCAAAAUAACAGCACCGACGAAGCAUACCGACAAUUCUACCAACGUUUACAUGUCCGGGAACCGGAAAAGCUGGACGAUUUGCGUCACAUACCCACUCCAGCACCAGAUUUAAUCAAAACCGAGCUUAUACAUAACAAUAUGCCAUCGUCGUCGUCGUCACUCGUAUCACAACCAUCUCCACUCCCACCGCACAGUGGUCAUGGCGAAAUGCUAGACGAUGCGGAUAGUCAAAAACGACGCCGAACCAGUAUUAUCGAUCAAGCCCAACACCACCAUCAGCAAUCGGACAAUGACGAACAGAGCAGCGCCGAUGUCAAUUCCGAAUUGGAUUUACAGCGAUCGCCAUCAUUUCCGAAUGAUUUUUUGUAUCCAUUUUAUCAGCACGCACAACGACAGAUCCGAAACUCCGAACAGUUAUUGGGCGAAUUAGUUACGUCAGAACUGCUUAAAAUGAGCAAAGAACGGAAGAGAGUGGCGCAAAAGAAAAUUUUGGAAAUAUUGUUUUUCGAUGAUUGAUGCUGUGCCGUACAGUAUACGCUAUUAUUGGAAUGUCUUUGCUUUUUUUUUUUUUAAUAAUUAUCGUGUAGAGUGCCAGUUAGAGUUUAAGUAAUAAGAGGAUAAUAGUUCACGAUAUGAUAUGAUUUAGAUGGUGCGUAUGACGAGAAAAUAUAGUCAUUUUAUGUGAGACGAAAUGACGGCCACUUUUCAUUUCAAAGCUAAGCUUCAACGGAUUAAAAGUGAAAAUUCUUACCAAUAAUACCAUAUCCGUAUCCCAUUUCCGGCGAACCCAUGCGAUACGAGCAGGUGGGAACCAUUAUUUCCAGAUGAUUGUUUCCACUCACCACCGGCAAGUCAAAUGAAAUCGGCGACGAGUCUUGAUUGAAAUUCCUAAUGCGAAUCGGUGGAUAGGUUAUAAUUCUGGACGAGUGUUGAUGAGCGGAGAAAAUUACAUUCGGU